CAGUACUGACAAGCUGUGAGUAUUCUCAGGUCGAAAUGCUUGGCGGGUUUAAUUUCUGUUUUCCAAUCGGAUUUGGCUUUACAGAAAACGGAUUUUAUUUUAUUUGAAUGUGAAGAUAUCUGUGAUGUUGAUGUGAAACGAUGGGAUCUGGAUCUAGUAAAGAAAGGACAGGUGGGGUUGAUACGAGGGGAGGGAGCUCAAAACCAGUGACUGUUGCUAAUGUAAAUAACAACGUACCUGUUAAGUCCACGACGGGUCUUUCCAAAAGCGGAAUCAAUACGGACACCGGAACGACGACUCAAUCGCCGACGAAAUCCCCCGUCAAAGACUCCAGUGUUGACAAGACUACUACGGAACGUUCUCCAAGUAAAGCAGUUAAAACUGACUCUAAAACCUCCAAUAAAUUAGAAUGGAAUAGUGACUCCGACCUCGACGAUGAUGAUGAAUGGGACGACUUCCUUGGAACGACAACUUCAAAACCAGUGCCAAAAACAGACUCAAAGGUGUCCCACAGGGAACAAGAGCAGAACUCUGUUAACGAAAUCAAGUCCCAGGAACUGUAUCCCGAGACCUACGCACAGCGCCAUACGAGACAACAGUACACAUUCGGGCAGGAUAGGUUGAUUCGAGAGAAGACGAUCUACAGGAACCCAGACGAGUGGGUCGUAGACGAAGAGAAGGAAGAAGAAAAGGGAACAGUUGAGAUGACCAAGGGGUUUGAUGCCUCCAAGUUCCGGGCUGCAAACCAGGGGAAGCCAGUUCGAGAAAAGGACAUUUUCUCGACUCAAGAAGAAUUUGAGACACCUCGUUAUCUCCGGUCCAGUGAGCCAGUGGAACAACAACCGACUACUGUCAGCCAGAAGCCCACGCCGAAGGAGCUCCCAAAGUACAACAAGGAGGAGGAAGACCUGAUGGCCCAGUUGAUGAUGGAUGAUGGUGAUGAUGACUACGACUUCGGUGCCAUGAUUCAACACCAGGCCAUGCAUCCAGCCAACAUGAUGAACUGAGGCCUGAUCUGUCAACAAUCUAUCUGGCUGCAUUCAGUCAUAGAGUUUAUUGUAACAUAUAUACUUUCAAUAUGCUGAAGACAAUGUCCACUAGCAUUGUUCUGAAGACACCCCGGGAACAGAACAUGCAACUAUGGCAGCCAUUUUGAAUUUUCCAAAACAUACCAAACAUUUAUUGCAGUGCAUGGAGGAUAAGUUCCCAACAAAUGACUUGAACUGUUCUCAGUGUUUCAGCUGUGGAAUAUGUGAUGAAGUAAAACAUACUAGACCAAGGGUUGAUCUGAGAUUUGAAAUGCAGAUGACAAAUCUACAAUUACUACACAGUGUAUCACCCAUCCAGCCCCUGUUGAGAACCAAUUGGGUUCACUUGUUAGUUUUUACCUACUCAAUUUUCAAAAGAUGCUGUGAUAUGACAUUAUGUGUCUUGUUUUUCCAUCUAUUGAUGUAAGACUUCACUACAUCUAUUUCUUUUCUGUCAUCGUUUGUUUCUUAGCUGGGUCAGUUGGGCAAAUGAUAUUAUCAUUCUUGUAGGACAAGGGUCACGAGUCAUGAUCUUGAGUCAUUUGGGAUCACUUACAAAUACAUGAACUAAGGCCAAUGACUAAUAACUUAUAACAUUACAAAUGCCUCUUCAUUAAUCUCAAGUUCUCUUCUCAUGAUGUUGUGAUAAUAAAUGCAUACAUUACAUAAAUA